GGGAAUGUCGCUCUGGCUGUCAUCCUUCCCUCGAGCUGUCAGUUGACAGUACAACACCGAACCGAAAGUAUCGUAGGAAGGAACACAGUUUUGAUAAAACGUAGAUUUUAGAUUUCUCCUCUUUGGCACUGGAACGGUUGGGCCACUGUCACAUUUCGAGGCUGACCAACAAACGCGUAGGAGGGAGAAAAACCAAAAGGACUGAAUAGCUAGCUAGUUGCUAGUUAGCAAGCUAACGACCGUUAGCUUUGGCCAGUGCUGCCACUGCUCUGCUAAAGCGUUAGGUAGGAGUGUGCAGUACCAGUAGGCAGGCGAGCUGCGUUGGCAUUUUAGUGUAGUUGGCUGGGGAAAUUAUUGCUAAGGCUGCAUUAACAUUUUUUAUUUUAUUUGAUCAUUGUGGUGUUAGCUUCCUAAAUGUUUUGCCUGAAUGCGUCCAGUCAGUUGCUUGGUUAGCCAGACAGCAAUGCUAAGUGACGACGUCGACUCAGUGAGGCUGUCGUGUCGGGGGUGAGGAGUUUGAGGAAGGAAGAGGUGACUUACGAUGUUGGGUUAAUGAGUUAGUGGUGCGUUAGCUGACAGUGAAGGAAAUAACGUUAAUAUUUUACAAUACAUUAUCAACGACCGUCAUUUCGUUAACCAGCUAACUAAAAGCUAAUGCAAAUUAGAGAGGCUAGGUAAUACAGAAAAUACUGUUGUUUUCGGCUUGCUCGCAAGCUAAAUGCAGAGGGAGGGUGAUCAUUGAGUGGCUACUCUCCCAGCUCCAUAAAUAACUGUCACUGACUGAGUGAUAUCCAGCCUAUUUCACAUAACUAAAGAUGGCUACAGCGAGCAGCAUUGCCGCAUCUAUUGCGAGCAAGACGAAGACGAAGAAGAAACACUUCGUGGCUCAGAAAGUGAAGCUUUUCCGAGCCAGUGACCCUCUGCUCAGCGUCCUUAUGUGGGGAGUCAACCAUUCGAUCAAUGAGUUGAGCCAUGUUCAGAUCCCUAUCAUGCUGAUGCCUGAUGACUUCAAGGCCUACUCUAAGAUUAAGGUGGACAAUCACCUCUUCAACAAGGAAAACAUGCCGAGCCAUUUCAAGUUUAAGGAGUACUGUCCUCUGGUGUUCCGCAACCUUAGAGAACGUUUUGGCAUCGACGACCAGGAUUUCCAGAACUCCCUGACCCGUGCGGCUCCGUUAAACAGUGAUUCCCAGGGUCGGAGUGGGGCUCGCUUCCACACCUCCUACGACAAACGCUACGUCAUCAAAACCAUCACCAGUGAGGAUGUGGCUGAGAUGCACAACAUCCUCAAGAAGUACCACCAGUUCAUAGUGGAGUGUCAUGGCAACACGCUGCUGCCUCAGUUCCUGGGGAUGUACCGCCUCACAGUGGACGGAGACGAGACCUACAUGAUCGUCACCAGGAAUGUCUUCUCCCACCGCCUCUCUGUCUACAAAAAAUAUGACCUCAAGGGCUCCACUGUGGCCAGGGAGGCCAGUGACAAGGAGAAGCAGCCACGCCCUCCUGAGGAUGCGCCACCGCGGCCCAAAUCUAACGUUCAGCAAAGGCUGCAAACGCUGCGGAUCGCCACGCGCUUUUACUGCGCCAUGAAACACGUAAGAGACGCCAAGGAGCUGCCCACCUACAAGGACAAUGACUUCAUCAACGAUGGACAGAAGAUCUACAUUGACGAUGACAACAAGAAGAUGUUCCUGGAGAAACUACGUAAAGACGUGGAGUUCCUGGCCCAGUUGAAGCUGAUGGACUACAGUCUGCUGGUGGGGAUCCAUGACGUGGAGCGGGCUGAGCAGGAGGAAGUGGAGAGUGAGGAUAACGAGGGGGAUGAUGAGGGGGAGAGUGACGGAGGGAUUGGCACUCCCCCUGACUCCCCCAGUAACACCCUGGACAGCACCAAGCCCCUGUCCCCGGGGGAGUUUGACCCCACCAUAGACGUCUAUGCCAUCAAGAGCAACGACAGUGCUCCUAGGAAGGAGGUGUACUUCAUGGCGGUCAUUGACAUUCUGCAGCAUUACGAUGCCAAGAAGAAGGCUGCUCAUGCUGCUAAGACUGUCAAACACGGGGCGGGAGCUGAAAUCUCCACGGUAAACCCAGAGCAGUACUCCAAGAGGUUCUACGACUUCAUCACCACCAUUCUCUCAUAGCCCCCAGGGGAAGGGGAGGGGGCACUUAGGGAGAGGAGAGAAGGGAUGGGUGAGGGUGGGGGUAUUGCGCUCUAUCUCUCUGUCAGCAAGGGUGUCCCUCUCAGCAGCUAAUACCAUCAUUCGUUUACAUUCAUCAUCUUCUCCUUUGUUACUUUGAUCUGUUACAUUGAACAGGAGAACUGCUAUUCUAGGUUCUAGUCAGUACUUUUUUAUUAGUUUGUUUUGUUUACUUUGGGAAUGUUUUUUUUUUUUUUACUGCCUCAACACCACGUCCUCACCCUGCAUUGUUUUUGUUUGUUUGUUGUUCUGCAUUCCUGUUUGGGGGGGGUUUAGAAUGAGGAUGAACAGGGCUGUGAUUGGAUAACAAUAGUGCGGUCACUCGGGGGAGAUAGUAUAGGAUGAAGUGCACCUUGAGGCUUAUCCAAUCGCUCGACUUCAGGAAGUAUGAAGCAGUCUUCCAGUAGGCCUUCAGCCAGACCAUCCAAUCACCAUUUAGUACAGCCCUGCCCCAGCCAAAGCUACUUUCCUGUUUGUCCCAUCAUCCAUCACUUUCCCUUUAGACCCUCCUUCUGGCAGUGGAUGUUACUCCUCCAUUCUCACCUUACACUGCUAUCCUCCUGUCACACACACUGCUCUCCUCUACCCCUCCCUCGAUAUAAAAGAUAAGUUAAGAUGAGCUGUGUUUAAUAAGACAGGGAGCUGGUCAGUAGAGCUGUGUUUAGUAAGACGGGGAGCUGGUCAGUAGAGCUGGGUUUAGUAAGACGGGGAGCUGGUCAGUAGGGCUGUGUUUAGUAAGACGGGGAGCUGGUCAGUAAAGCUGUGUGUGAUUUAUGACAUCACUGACUGAUCUGGUUUGUCUCAUUCUGGAUAGUUACCAGGAAGUGACAUUAGGAAGUUGGUGUGUGACUUCCUGUGGGACAGGGCAGGGUGGUGGUGUGAUCCUUCAUGGACCUUUGAUCCUGCAUUGCCAUCAGCACCUUAAACAAAUCAUUGCACUUUUAUGUUGUUAAUUAAACAUAGGAUUUUUUGUUCUGUUACAUGUGCUGCAACAAAAGCACUGUUUGAAGCUAUUGAACUGUGCCCCAAGAUUUCUGAUGGGGGUGUAGUAGGGACGGGGGAAAGUGUCUACGCUGGAAUGCACUAGGGAGUAGGAGGGACUAUAGGUGGGUUUGGGACAGGGCCUGAAUGUAGUGAGCAGCAGAGAGAGAGGAGGGGUGUGUUCAGGACAGACAGCCCAGUGUUUACCUCUGGCAUCGUACCAGCCUGAACCAGAGUCUUACCCACAUCUGUCUGUCUCGGUUCUCCAACCCCGGCCCUGAAGAGGUACUGGGUAUGCAGGCUUUUACUCCAGCCCAGCACUAGCACACCUGAUUCAGCUAAUUGUGGUCCAGACUGAAGACCUUGAUUAGUUGGUUAUUUGAAUCUGUACGUGUAGUUAUUAUGGAUCCCCAUUAGCUGCUGCCAAGGCACCAGCUACUCUUC